CAGGGGGAGUGGCUUGACUCCAAAAUCAGGAUGGAGACACACGCUGAUUGGCUUUUGUAUCUCGCGAUGCGGGUAUAAAGCGGCGAGGUUCUCGUUGUUGUGUUUACAGUAAUAUUACAGAGCGCUCAGGAAACAGGGAGACUAUGAGAAAGCGCAGCUGCUCCAUUCAACCACAUGGUUCCUCAACCGCACAGACAAGCUGCGCUGCAGACAGCCAGGUUCACAUAAGGGACUUGCACUACUGUUGCCCACAGCGGCUCGUUCUGAGGCUUGCAGGGCGCGUUUUCAGCCGCACAGGCAGCUGAAAGUUGCUGUUAAAUAGUUUCGGGAUUUAUUCUUUUUUGAGAGACCAAGCGUCUCCAAAACGGGCUGAACUGAAAAGAAGAGACUUGGGUGAACUUUUUAGACCAGUAUUUAUCAGCGGUCUCGUUUUUAAGCGCCUGAAAUAAGAGCAAGUGAGGAAUUCUUUUUUUUGGUGUGAAUAGGCGUUUCUGCGCUCUUGAACUUUGUCAUCGCACUGAACAGUGUUUCCAGACACUCGGAGGACAGGAUGGUGCAGCACAUGAGCCAGACGGAGAGCGCCCACGCUCACUCUCCCGGCGGAGACUCCACGGACACGGGAGAAAUGGACUUGGAGAUGGAUGUGUCUCCGACCCCCGAGUCCCCUUCCUCCGGGGAGCGGAGCGACUUGGCGUGGUGCAAAACUCCAACGGGGCACAUCAAGAGACCCAUGAACGCGUUCAUGGUCUGGUCGCAGAUCGAGAGAAGGAAGAUUAUGGAGCAGUCACCGGACAUGCACAACGCGGAGAUCUCCAAGCGGCUGGGGAAGCGUUGGAAGCUGCUGAAAGACACAGACAAGAUCCCGUUCAUCCGCGAGGCGGAGCGGCUCAGACUUAAACACAUGGCCGACUACCCAGACUACAAGUACCGGCCCAGGAAGAAGGCCAAGUCGGGAAGCGGAGCGAGUAAGCAGGCGGACCGCGGGGAGAAGAGCGGGGAGCGCAGCGCCAAAGUCGGUGUUAAAAGAAGCCCCGCGUCCAAAGGAGUGAGCAGGACGCACAAACAGGGGGGCACGAAGAGCGCUCCGGGGCAGGACUACGCCUCUCCCGGUGACCACCAGGCGCUCUUCAAAUCCAGGUCAGUGUCUGGGGCAAGACAGAUCCCGGAAAAACGCACCGGAGAGGCGAGGCGCGGCCACAUGUUCGGCGGGGCGGGCAGCCUGGAGAGCGGGCCUCCCUCCGUGGGAGUCCCGGCCAGUCCCACCCUGAGCAGCUCGGCGGAGUCCAGCGACCCGCUCAGCCUGUACGAGGAGCAGAGCCCGGCGGGCAGCGAAUCCUCGCACACCGCGCGCCUCAGGUACGCGCGCGCCUCCUCUCCAACACCUUCAGCCUCUCACUCUUCCUCCUCCGUGUCAUCCUCAUCAUCAGAUGAAGAGUUUGAAGACGAGCGGCUCGAGCUGAACCCGAGCCCCGGGUUUGAGAGCAUGUCCCUGGGCGGGAUGGGCUUUUCCGACGCGGAGCUGGACCGGGACUUGGACUGGAGCUUCGGGGAGUGCGGGGCGGGAUCUCACUUCGACUUCCCCGACUACUGCACCCCGGAGGUCAGCGAGAUGAUCUCAGGAGACUGGCUGGAAUCCACCAUCUCCAACCUGGUGUUCACCUACUGAGAAGGACCACGGUGGAGAGGAGCCGCGACGUCCCCUCACGUUUUGAACUCUUUAGCCCCCCCAACCACCCCGAGAGAGGCUCGUGCCUCCAGACCAGAAUAUUUCCGCCAUUAUUUCACUAAACAAGGGAGAGUGAAAACAGGAAAGAAAAGGUGGCCUGUGUGCGCGUUGAAGCCCAGGUACGCGCCGCUCACAGACUUGGAUAGCGCUCAGUGCGCUUGACGGGAACGCGCAGACGGGGGAAAUGCUUAGUUUGCAUUUGGACACAGAGGAGGAGUGAAUGUAAGCAGAGAGCAGUGAAACACACGGACUUCAGCUCAAAUGUUCAAACCGAUCCGCAGAGGAUGAGGACUGAGACCGAACUUUGAAUCUUAAUGUUAUUUUGGGUCGGGAAAAAGGGACAUUUACUGGACAGCUCGUCAUGUUGGGUUUUGUUAAAGAUAUAGCCAAUUCACAUUGACCAUCAAGUUGCUAUUCAGGUGUAUUUUUUUUUUCUUUCUUCCCAAACUCAAAAUAGUGUCAAUAUCAACACGCAUGCCCUCCGAAAUAAGGAGGAUUUUGUUGUUGUUAAAUGCGUACAAAUGUUCAUUGCUGCGUAAUUACGCAAUUUUGUGUGACCAUAGGACAAUUCACUAUCACCAGCUUCUCUUUCAACGGCAGGACUUACAACAAAGACUGACUCAAAACUUCAGAAGCCCUUUUCUGAACCUUUUUAAACACUCAGUGCACAAUUCAGGACCAAUGUUCCCCAAUGCGCAUCCUUUUUCUGCCUAGUGCUUCAACUUUGUAGUUCCUCUGUGUCAGAUGACGUUUUUUAUAUUGAUGUAUUUAUACCGGCCAAACUUUUUUAUACAUAGAAGUAUUGUUCUCGUACAGGUCUCGUUUGUGUUUGUGCACAUACACCUGUCUGUAUCCAGCGUGGAAGGGCUAGAAGUGUAUCUUAUUUAAAAUGUCUGACUUCUCUCACUUUUAAGGAGAUUUUGAGUGUGUCAUGAUUUUCUACUUGUAUUUUUGUACAAAAUCUAUAGAAAAAGGGGGUUUCCAGCGAGUGGGUAGCCUACAACAUUGUUGUUUGGAUCUACAUUGGUGUUUAGCAGUGCAGAGGGGAGUUUGUUUGGCACAAUCUGACCUCACACAGUGUUUACAGUAUUUACCCACAUGCUUCUUAAUGGCACAGUGACUCCAGUUUCACCAGCCAAGUAAACAAAGCACCACUGAGGCUCCCAGUCUAAGUAGUGACUGUUUCCAGUACAUAGACCUGAAGUAUAUGAGUGAAAGAUCCCAGAGAGUCACUGUUUGGAUAGAGCUAAUACCUCUGUGUGCUUUUUAUUAUCAAGAUAAGUUUUAUUUGAACCACUGGAUGGAAUUUCACACUCAUUCCACUUUGCCUAGACUUUGGAGGGAGGGAGAUGUAUGAAGUGCUUCAUCUGUUUUUGCGCAAAUUGCAUCAAAAAAUAGUAUUUAACCUUUCUGUACCUGUUGGCUAAGUAUAGCAGGCUAAUUGUUUUCCUAUAUUAUGGCAUGGCAAAUAGCAUUUGUAUUUCAGAUUCAGGUAUAUGUAGCUAUAGCUGUUGUGUUUAAGAUUUUUAAAAGAAUAAUAACAUGAAGAUAUUUAUGUAAACUGACUGUACAAUAAGCAAAGAUUGUGUGUUUUAUGUAUGAUGAUGAUCAACGACAGGCACUCGGACAGCCAUCUUUGGACAUCCUUAUGUUAAAAGAUGAUUGUGGUCCAGGAGUUUCAUUUUCUUCGUUUCUUUUUUUUUUUUUUUUUUUACCUUUGAGACAUCUUUUCUAUCGUCUAUUUUCAUUUGUGCAAUAUGCUGUGUAUGAUCAUGUUUUGUCCAAUCAUGCCAAUAUCAUUUGAUGUUUAUAGCUCAAAAACCAGCCAAUGUUUGGGUCAAUCACUGCCUCUCAGACCUCUGUACAGAUUGUCGGUUCUUUUUUUUAAUUUGUUUUUCUUUUCUUCCAAGAAGGAAAUAAAAUCAGCUGGAACUGAAAAGUG